AUGUUUCCUACUCCAACCAACGAAACGUCGUUAGAAUCUUUAUACACGGUAAAUUGCUCGGAAGUGUCAUGUUUUUUAAAUGCCAGUACCUUCGAAAACUCCACCUCGAACGAUACAUUUAUCGACACCGGCGAAGGAGAACCUUUAUCAGAUUUAAUCCUCAUGGGAGUAUUGUCGAUCGUUCUGGGCCUUAUGAUUCUGGUUACCGUCAUAGGAUAA